AGGGUUACCAAAUGUUACUGAAACACCAUUAACUAAUCCUGAUGCUGAGUAUUUUGUAGAUGGCUCCAGAUGGUGGAAUGACGAACAAGGACACUUUGUCACCGGGUAUGCGGUAAUCCAGGAUGGUAAGGUAAUCAUACAAAAACCACUCCCAUCUUGUGCGUCUGCACAGGAGGCGGAGUUGAAGGCACUCACUGACGCAUGUACAAUGGGUAAGGGACUGAGAAUAAAUUGUUACACUGAUUCCAGGUAUUCUUUCGGGGUAGCACAUGAUUUUAGUGUUAUCUGGAAAACUAGGGGAUUUCUGACUUCAUUGGGCAAACCAAUUAAAAAUUCAGAAGCAGUACAGAGCCUCAUAGAGGCCCUAGAGCUGCCCACAGAGGUAGCCAUUGUUAAAGUGCCAGCCCAUGUGAAGCAAGAUGAUCCGCUAGCUGUGGGAAAUGCUCAAGCAGACCAAGCAGCCAAACAAGCAGCCGGUCUGCCGCUCCUGACAUUGUUUUUUCCAACUAUGCCAGAUUUGUCGCUCUUGCAGGAAUUACAGGCCCAGAUAACGCCUCAAGACAAAAAGGUAUGGAUGGAGGCGGGGGCUACGAAGACAGGAGAGCUCUGGCAGGUAAAUGGCAGAACAUGUUUGCCUCGGAGUUUGUAUCCGAUGAUGGCCAAUUUAGCACAUGGCCCUACUCAUUUGUCGAAAGGAGCUAUGAGCGCACUAGUGUUAGAACAUUGGUUUGCACCUGGAAUUCAGACCCUCUUUGAAAAGUUUGUUCAGGGUUGUCUUACAUAUGCCAGACAUAACCCUGGGAGGUUUGUAAAGACCCCCAAGAAACACACUCCCAAACCCUUGUACCCGUUUCAAAGAGUGCAGGUGGAUUACAUUCAGCUACCCAAGGUGAGCACAUAUGAGUAUGUCCUUGUAGCCAUUGAUGUAUUCUCAGGCUGGCCAGAAGCUUGGCCAGUAACUACAGCUACAGCCAAAAAUACUGCUAAGAAAAUAUUGUCAGAGGUAGUCUGCAGAUAUGGGAUUCCAGAGGUGAUAGAGUCAGACAGAGGUACCCACUUCACUGGGGAGAUAAUGGGACACAUACUGACGAUCCUAGGGAUCACACAAGCUCUACACUCUCAACAGUAUGGAGUCACUAUAGUGGUGGUUCAAGAUGGAAUCACUAAUGUGGUACGGUUAUUGCUUUAUUACUUUCUGUUCUGUAUUAAGUAGCU